AAAACAAACGAACCUACCGAUCAAUUCACACUGAUUUAUCAGUUCUUUUACAGCAACUAACGCUAACAAGGAUAGUGGUAAUAGUGAUGCAGCUCAGUACACUGUUGAAUGCAGAGUAUUUGUGAAGUGGCAUGGCGUUGAACUUACACAGAAACAGAGCAAUUGGUCCAGAAUUCAUGUUUUCCCGAUAUCUAUUGAUCUUACUGUUUAGCAGCGUGAUGUUGAAUGGAAUACUUUGCACAGUCGCUUUGGAAAGCAAAGUAAAACCGGUCGAAAAUAAUGUUUUCCAAAUAAGUAAUACACCACUAUUGCGACCAUCCUCCUGCAUUACAGCUGACGAUUUAACAGUGAUUCAAGCGAAACGUCAUUAUGAGCAAAUGAUUCCCAAAAGUCCGCUAGUAUUUGAGGCCCUGAAUGAUGAAGUUAUAAUGCAACAAAUUGAAUUUUUCAAUCAACUAGAAAACAGUACCAUAAAAGCUUUUAACGACAGCAAAACUAGAGAGUUGAUGCUGAUUGCCUUUGCAGACGCUUACGGUGCCUAUAUGUACAGUUACAUUGUACCAGUGAUAAAAUAUUCCUACUAUGGAGGAUUUGCAAGUCUUUCUGCCACUAGUGAAGCGUUACGACUACUAACGAAGUACCAAAAAUUGCUGGAAACCAAUGGUAGCAGAGCUACUGGUAAUAACUACUGGCAAUUGUAUGAUCUAGAUCCUUCACACUUCUUCAACCAAGUGAAACCGAUAAGUGAUGAACAAUUGCAAAGAGGAGAAUACAACUGUCACCAUUUGUCGCAGGUCGCGCCAGGUGCAUUGAAUCCUUCCGUGGAGAUCGAUGAGGACACGCAAGAACUACUUCUAAUUUCUGUAAAGUACUACCGCAACGGAACAGUUUACAAUCCCAAGUCAAAACGUGCCAGUCGUUUGCUGUUAAAUUACUACAUUGAAAUCGUUGGAUGUUUUGCGGACAAAAAGGAAACACUAGCUAAAUUUCAGCAAGAAUUGGUUAAAUGGAUAUCAAGUCACACUAGGUAUAUCUUGACAAAUGAGGCCGUGCUCUAUCCAGCAUUUGAAGGAGUGCUGCAGAUAGAGAAAAGUGUAGAAAAUGGACGUAAACUUCCGAAAAAAUCCAUCACUGCUAUCAAUCAACAUUUCCCAGAUAAUGCCGAAGAAGAAGAUUCCAGCGAACUCUUCGAAAAUGGAAAGACACUGGAGAACCAGCCGGAAAUGUCGACAGUUCAAAGAAUCUCUAUUUGGAUUGGGUGUAGCUUGGCUGUGCUGUUAGUAGUUUAUAUAGUUUUCAAAAUGCAACAGAAUCGAAAACUAAUCACCAAUAACCGUUUCACGCAAAGACGAAGGAAAUCUUCAGAAAGGCGCAGGAAUUCUAACAAACGAAGAAUGUCUAGAGAUAUUAGCGAGGAGGAUGAGAUGACUGUUUUCGAUCGGUUUGAAACGGACACUAAACAUGAAGGUAGAGACAGUAACACAACACGAGCUCGGCACAAGUUCUCCAUUGCUCAGUUCAUUCAGCGUAUUCAGCCCCGUAAAUGGAAAUCAACAGCCAAGGGUUACAAAUCUAUCCCUUCGGAAUCUCGCGAUGUAGAAGCUGAUGAUCAGUUUUUAUCUCAACAACAACUCAGUAAACGGAUGUAUGAUCAACCUCAACCAGGACCUUCAGGAAUCAAUAAGAAGCAACGAACACGUUCCUGUAGCUGUGUUCCAUGCAGUGAACGGGAUCAAGAUUCAGACGAGUUAGGUAAAUCGAUAGGUACAGUUUAAGUAAAGACCAUGAUCCAGAGAUGAACAAACAUAUGUAACUAAUUUCCUACAAUGCAGUACUUAGGCCCAGGGAUUAUCUUGUGGAAAUUGCGUUAAAAUAUUGCAUAAUCAAGCAGUAAUAUAACAACCGAGAAUUAAUCAUAAAAACCAAAAGUCAAAACCAACUCAACAGAUACAUGUAAUAUGCACUGGUGAUAGAAUAAGCACAUUCGUGUACAGAAUUUAAGAACGUAUUUUGCACAUCCUUGUGAUCGAUUUGAAGUGCAUACUGAUAGCGAACCGUAAACCAAUCUAGAAUAUUGUCCGAUGUCCUUUCUUCACUGUCGACUUAAACCAUUUGCUUGUUUCAUUCCAAAGGAUACGACAUUAGCGCUUUCCGUCCUUUAAGUGCCAUUUGAACGUGCCUAUAUCAACACUGCAAAUCAUAAUACGUCCAAUAA